AAUACUGAAAUUUAUAUGUACAACAGCUGACAUAUGAAAAUUUAUAGGUUAAAUAGUUUUUGUUAGUGCCUAGUACUUACAUGUAUUCAGUUGUUUCUUAUUCUACGCGCGAAGAACGAUUUGUUUAUGUUUUAUUGUGAGCUAUUAAAAAACAUAUUGUCACGGUGUAUAAUUGCAAAUAUCUAGUUAAACAAUCAUCUGUUUAACAUGAAACUUCAUUGUAACAUAAAAGUAAACAAUAGAUUAUUUACAACAAAUGUAAUAAGAAGAAAGUCAUUACGUUCCAUAAUAGCAAUUGGGAGACAAACAGUAAAAAAUAUGGACAUAUAUCUGCUUUGGCAAACAUUACAAAAUAAGCAUGGUACUAAAUACAAGAUUAAUAAUAAUGUAGACAAAAUAUAUACAAAAUUUAUUAAUGAAGGAAAAGCCACAAUUAGCUUUAUAGAACCACCUCAUGAUUUAAUUAUUCAAUCUGAUAAAAUUCAACUCAAAAGUUUUAUUCACAUUUUAAAACUUGCAAUAAUUAAAAAGGUUGAUCCAUCAGUUCUUGAUAUUUCAAAUUUGAACCCAAAAUGUAUGAGUUCUGCACCAAAGAUUAAAGUAGUGAUUAAUAAAUCUUCUGAAUAUCCAACUUUAGAAGGUUUUCCAAGAACAACUGAAGAAUUAUAUUUAGUAGGAUUAAAUAGAAAAUCAUUUGAUAGGCAAAUUUUAAGACUCCAAAGCUUAAGAAUUUUAAAUUUGUCUAACAAUCAAAUUUCAUCUUUACCAAAUGAACUUGGCACAUUACAGCAUUUACAAGAACUUAUUUUAUCACAAAACCGGCUUGAUAAGGCUUUCAAAUGGGUAUGGUUAAAUCAAGUUGCUAUAAGAUCUAACUUAAAAUUAUUGGAUAUAAGUAAUAAUUUGUUAUACAAAUUACCACAACAAAUUGGAAAACUUGAGAGUCUUGUUAAUUUGAAGGCUAGUCAGAAUAUGUUAUCAUUCUUACCACAGAGUCUUGGAAAUUUACAUAAUUUAAAAUAUUUAGAUCUAUCAAAAAACAAAUUACGUUACUUACCUGGAAGUAUAAGGAAUUUACAUUUGAUUACAGUAGACGUAUCAAACAAUGACUUUUCUUCUGUACAUUAUGCAUUAUAUUCUAAGUCUAAAAUAAAUGUGCCAAGUUUAACUGAAUGUGCAGCUACGUCAUUUCUGAAAACAAGAUGUUCAUAUGAUGCAAGCAUAAUUCCAUUUACAUUGGUAAAGUAUUUAGAUGAGGCAAAGUAUUGUCUCUGUGGAAAUCCAUGUUUUCAUUAUUAUCUAAGAAAAUUUGUGAGUUUUGAUUGCAAUAUAGCAACAAAUAUUAUAAAGUCAACAGAAUCUACUCUACUACCAUUUGAUUGCUACUUCUGUUCAAGUAAAUGUGUAUAUUAUGCAAUGCUUUGUAAAUAAUUUAUUAUUUUUAAAUU